AUGGAACAGCGGCUGUUUUUGAGAAGCGCGGCCUCAAGGUUGUGCUCAAUGGGCAGGAUGAUGCUGCCGCCCCUGCCGCUGUCUCUUCUACUGACGGCUCGCGGUUCAGCUUUGGUCCCACGAAGUCUGGGGUCCGGCUUGGCGGAGGGAUGUUUGGUGUGGAUUUGUCGUCUAAGAAAUAAUCUUCUGAGAAGUAGUCGACUGCACUUGUUUUCGAUGAGCCCCCAUUGUAGUUGA